AAGCAGAGGCAAAGGCAGGAGAAGGAUGCUGAGAGGAAAUGGAGGGAAAGAAGGUUUUAUCCCAAAAGGAACAGAACAAUUCAUACCUAUCCAGAUCCCCAUGAGCCUAGAAUUCCUAAAGCAUUAUGUGAAUAGAAGGCAUUUGUGAUUGAUUUUAAUGCUCCAGGGGGUUUUCCACGGAAGUCUGGAUGUUAAAUCAGUUUGAUGAUGUAGACUUCCUCAUCUUUCUAGCCUUAGGGAUAUGAUUUUUUCAGCUUUUAAAAAUCAUGUUAUUUCUUAUAUCUUAAAAGUACUAGGUAAAGAGUCGUGGAGAACAACCUCUGUGGAAUAUUCCACGGGUCUAAGCCAUUAUUUGUGGCUUCCAGCAUUCUGAUAAGAAGACUGGAACAGAACUGCACUGAUGAGUCAACUACAAGCCAUCCUUUUCCAGAACGAUACGUUUGGUCAGUGGACAGUGAAGAUCCCGGGGGUAACAAAUCACAAGACAGUGGCAUAGCAGAAAUGGAAGAACUCCCUGUCCCACAUAACAUCAAAAUAAGUAACAUCACAUGUGACUCCUUCAAGAUCUCAUGGGAGAUGGACUCGAAGUCAAAGGACCGCAUUACACACUAUUUCAUUGACCUCAACAAGAAAGAGAACAAGAAUUCUAAUAAAUUUAAACACAAGGAUGUUCCAACAAAAUUGGUGGCAAAAGCGGUUCCCUUGCCAAUGACUGUUCGUGGACACUGGUUUUUGAGCCCAAGGACCGAGUAUACAGUAGCGGUACAGACUGCCUCAAAACAAGUUGACGGUGAUUAUGUUGUGUCUGAAUGGAGUGAGAUUAUAGAAUUCUGUACAGCAGAUUACUCAAAAGUUCAUCUAACACAGCUGCUGGAGAAAGCUGACGUGAUUGCGGGACGCAUGCUUAAGUUCUCUGUGUUCUAUCGGAACCAGCACAAAGAGUAUUUUGACUAUGUUAGAGAACACCAUGGGAAUGCCAUGCAGCCUUCUGUCAAGGAUAAUAGUGGCAGCCAUGGCUCACCCAUCAGUGGAAAAUUAGAAGGCAUCUUCUUCAGCUGCAGCACUGAGUUCAAUACAGGGAAGCCACCCCAGGAUUCACCGUAUGGAAGAUACAGGUUUGAGAUUGCAGCAGAAAAACUUUUCAACCCCAAUACUAACUUAUACUUUGGGGACUUCUACUGUAUGUACACUGCUUAUCAUUAUGUGAUUCUUGUCAUUGCCCCUGUGGGAUCACCAGGAGAUGAAUUCUGUAAGCAGCGCCUUCCUCAACUCAAUUCCAAGGAUAAUAAGUUUUUGACCUGUACAGAAGAAGAUGGGGUGCUGGUGUACCACCACGCCCAGGAUGUCAUUUUAGAAGUCAUUUACACUGACCCCGUGGCUCUUUCUCUGGGCACCGUGGCAGAAAUCACUGGUCAUCAGCUCAUGAGUUUGUCUACCGCAAAUGCAAAGAAAGACCCCAGCUGCAAAACCUGUAACAUCAGUGUUGGACGUUAACGCCACUUUCAUACCCUCCCCUGCCCUGUCUUCCCAUAGGAGCAUUGCCCUCUGUUGUUCAUUUUCAUCACCAGAUGUCCCACUGAAGCAUGCAUAUGCCGCUGUCACAAAAAGCAAACUAUCAUUCAGAGCCUUUGUGUGUCUUCUGGCCCACCCUGUCCACCACUUUCAAGGAUGUCCCCAAGUUGUCCUGACACUGUGUUUGCCUAGAUGCUGCAAUGCUUUUAUGUUUCCUUUAUGCCAAACAUAACAAGACAGUUAUAUAGACCGCUUUAGCAAAGUACAAAAUAAUGGCUUCUAAAUGGUGUUUAAAUAUGCAUCCAUUUAAUCUACUGAAUAAAUAUUGGGGUAACUCCAAACCGCAUGAAA